GAAGGGGAGAUUUUUUUUGGUUUUUCGUCUAUUUUUCCCUCUAUUUUCGCCAAACAAAACAAAACAAAUAAUUUUGUAAAUCCGACGACUUCGCGAUUUGGUUGCUAGAAAAUGAAUCAAAUGUGCAGAGUUUGCAUGGCAGUGGCCGGACCAUUCACGAACAUUUUUGAUGAGCCACGAAAAGGGGACACGGACACUCGCAUCUCCGAGAUGAUAUCAGAGUGCACAGGAUACGUGGUUAGGCGUGGGGAUUCGCUGUCUGAAAACAUAUGUCCGACUUGCCUGGAGGAUGCAGUGAGGGCAUUCAAUCUGAAGAAGACCUGUAAGCAGAGCCAUAAACUAUUUUUCACACUGAUGGAGGAGGAUAAAGCAGAGGACAAGGAUUCGCCACAGUCGGAUAGUCCGAGCCAAUUAAAACCCAAUGAAGAUGCUGGCCAUAACAUCUCUGAGCAUCGCUUCAAUUGCUCUUUCUGUACAAACUCAUUUGCAAAAAAAUAUCAGCUAUCUGAACACAUCCUCAGUCAGCAUGGGGAGCGGCCGUACAAGUGUCCUCAGUGCCCGAAGUCUUUCGCGACAUCCAACAGUCUACGGUAUCACAUGCGUUCCCACGGAGACGACCGACCUUAUCAAUGCGCUCACCCUCACUGUUCAAAGUCAUUUAAACUGAAAUUCCAGCUUAAUACACACAGCCGUACUCACAGUCCGAAAGAGCGACCGUAUCAGUGUUCGGUCUGCUCCAAGUCCUUUAAGAAUCUCGAUAAUUUUACCACACACACACGUUGCCACACAAAAUCCUACAAGUGCACUCAAUGCUCCAAAACCUUCUCACAAAAACCUUCUCUCAACGAGCACCUGCGUACGAGCGCUUGCAGGCAAUUGCAUCAGUGUCCACACUGCCCCAAGUCAUAUAAGCAACCAUAUCAACUGACCAAGCACAUACGUUCCCACACCAGACCCUACAAGUGCACUCUCUGCCCAAAAGCCUUCUCCAUAGAAUGCAAUCUAAGAGUACACCUGCGAACGCACACGGGGGAACGGCCCUUCCAAUGCACCGAAUGUACGAAAUCGUUUAAACAAAAAGCCCAGCUGCACGGCCACCUCGUUACGCAUACUGGUGUGCGACCGUUCAAGUGUACGCAGUGCGAAAUGUCUUUUCUGAAAAGAUGCAGCCUGCAAGAACAUAACCGUACGCACACGGGGGAGCUGCCAUAUCAAUGUUCCCACUGCCCGAGGGCCUUUGAAGUGGAAGAGUAUCUGAAGACUCACCUACUUAGGCACAAGGGUAAAGGUCCAUACCAAUGCCCCGUAUGCCCAAAGUCUUUUCCACACAAGUACAAACUACAUAAACACAGCCGUACGCACUCAGACGAUCGACCCCACCAGUGCCCCCACUGCUUAAAGUUUUUUAAGCGAAAAAACGAUCUGAGCAAUCACAUGCGCUUACACACUGCAGAAGAAAAGACCCAACCUGGGGUGAAAAAUAACAAACCAAUUGAAUCCCGAAAGCGCUUGCAGGCUGUAGAAGAAAAGACCCAACCUGGGGUGAAAAAUAAUAAACCAAUUGAAGCCCGAAAGCGCUUGCACGCUGCAGAAGAAAAGACCCAACCUGGGGUGAAAAAUAACAAACCAAUUGAAGCCCGAAAGCGCUUGCAGGCUGCAGAAGAAAAGACCCAACCUGUGGUGAAAAAUAACAAACCAAUUGAAGCCCGAAAGGAAACGCUCGAAUCUGGAGUGCAAACGUUUCAGAAUGCUUUUAUAAAUUAUUUAAGAUAA